CUUCUUCCCCUGCCUCUCUUUACUUAACUUUAUCAUCCCAUUGACUCAGAGUCUUUCAACUCAACACAAAAAAGAAAGUAAGAAAGAAACAACUCUAGCCCAGCCCCUCCCACACACACUCCUCUGCAGUGACAAAAAAUGACUAAAGAUGAAGACUUUAAGCUCCUCAAGAUCCAGACUUUUGUUCUACGAGUUAACAUUCACUGUGAUGGUUGUAAGCACAAAGUCAAGAAACUCCUCAAAAGAACUGAAGGAGUUUUCCAAGUAGUCAUUGAUGCAGAACAUCAAAAAGUGGCUGUUUCUGGUUGUGUUGAUUCUGCUACUUUGAUCAAGAAAUUGAUCAGGGCCGGUAAGCAUGCUGAGCUUUGGUCAGCUAAAACUAAUCAGAAUCAAAAUCAGAAUCAGAAAAAGAAAGAUGGCUGUAUCAAGGGUGACAAGAACAACAAAGGCCAAAAGCAAGUUGCUUUCAGGGGUGUUGAUACAAAAAACCACCAGCAAGAGCUAUCUGAUCUAAGCUUUUCGGAAGAUAAUGAAUAUAUUGGUGACGAGGAAGAAGAACGUUAUCUGAAUCUUCUAAUGCAGCAGGCUGAAGCUAACAAUGCUCGGAAAAUGCUUGAAGCUGUGGCGGCACAAAACAAAGGCAAAAUGAAUAAUCAAGGUGGGAAAAGGGGAAAUCAGAACCAGAACAUGGUGAUGACUACUAAUGCAAGUGGCGGAAUUGAUCCAAAACUUCUUGCUGCUAUGAACAAUUUGCAAUUUGGCGGAGGAAAUACCGGUGAAAUCAGAAGGGGUGGAGGAUCGAAUGAUGUGAAUUCGAUGAUGAUGAGAAACUUUGCUGGCUUUCAAGGAGGUGAAAAUAACAACAUUGCUGCUGCACCAGGAGGAAUUUAUCAAGUGCAACCUACUGCUGGAAUUCAAGGAGGGUCUUCAAGUGGGCUUAAUUUUGCGAAUUAUCCAGCAUACAACAUUAACAAUUAUUCUCCUCAGCUGAACAAUCCCGCAGCUGCAGCAAUGCUGAUGAACAUGCAGAACAGGCAAGUUAUGUUGCAGCCUCAAGCUCAACCUCAGAUGAUGUAUCAGAGGUCUACAGUUGUUCCUCCCAGCACCACAGGGUACUAUUACAACAAUACUCCAGGUCCAUACACUCCCUACAAUGAGCCUGUCUAUUAUGCUGGAGCUGCUCAUCAAUCGGCUUCUCAUAUUUUCAGUGAUGAAAAUACAAGUAGCUGCUCAGUUAUGUAAGGUGGUCUCAAGUAAUAAAAGACUUGGUUUUGGUUUUUGAAAGCCCAGUUAUGCAUUAUUGUUCAGUUGAUGUUUCCCUGAUUAACUAGUAGUCACUUUUGUCCAUUUGGUAAGCUUUUGGUUGUAAUAUUUGCUAGUACUGGUAAGCAAAGUCAAGAUUAUGGUUCUAGUAGUAUAUAUAUACUAUGGAUAAUGCAAGACAAUGCUUGGUGGUUUAUCUUCAA